UUAGAAAACCUAGAGUAUAUUCCUUUCUGUACCAGUUUGUGCCUCUGGCUUUCCUGCACUUUUGAUCCCUGAUAUUUUCCCAAAAGGAAGUGAAAGCCACCUGCCAAGAUGUCGGAUAAAAAGAUGACAUCGAGCCGAAGGCACUUUCUGAAGAGCCUGCUGCUCCAGAUCGGGGCCAGCAUGCUGCAGGUGGAGGCAGCUGAGGCCGAGGUAGAGAAGUUCAGGUACAUGGAGGAGAACUGCCCCUCCCCAGAUCUCCGGGUAUCCAUGGCAGAGCUCACGGACUUGUGCAGGAAACUGUCUAAGGAGAUUGACAAGGUUGAUGAGGAGAGAUAUGAUAUGGGAGUAAAGGUGGCUAAGACGGACAAGGAGGUCGAAGACUUGAAGAUAAAGGUGGUUGACCUGAAGGGAAAGUUCAAGAAGCCGGCCCUGAAGAAAGUGCGUAUGUCUGCUGAUGCAAUGCUUCAGGCUCUGUUGGGUUCCAAACACAGGGUGUCCAUGGACCUGAGAUCUAACCUGAAGCAAGUCAAGAAGGAGGUCAAGGAGGAGGAAAAAGAUUCUGUGGGAGAUUGGCGAAAGAACAUUGAGGACAAAUCAGACAGAAAGAAGAUGUUUGAGACUACUAAGGAGUAGAUACAAAGCCCUGGAACUGUUUGGACAGCUGUGAAAUGUGUGUAAACAAGUGCCAUGAGUUUUGUGUAUGGAUUUUAUUUUAUAUGAAAGAUGAUAUUGUGCUAAGCUAUAACUUCAAAUAAACCCUGCCUAACAAAUAGAAA